AAACGGUGACCGAUAGUUACCUCUGCUUCUGCUCUUCUCUGCUCCGCAUCGGGCUGCGCUAUAAAACCCUGGUGGAGGAGAAAAAACACUUUUGUCAGAUACUGAGACAGAACAACCAGGAGGACCACAACGUUAGGCGAACCUCCACUAUUUCUGGUUUGUCGAAGACGUCGAAUUUUCACAGAAGAGUGGAUAAACAAAACAAGAUAAAGUGAGGAGCUGGAGUGUUCUCAGUGAGGCUGGGAAGACAGCAGUAUGGCAGUCUUCACUCAACUGGGUUUACUGCUAUGGAAGAACUUCACCUACCGACGGAGACAGACUAUCCAGCUGCUGAUUGAGAUCAUCUGGCCCCUGUUCAUCUUUUUCAUCCUGAUAUCAGUGCGGAUAUAUUACCCACCCUAUGAACAACAUGAAUGUCACUUCCCCAACAAGGCCAUGCCCUCAGCAGGUACCUUGCCCUGGGUACAGGGCAUCAUCUGCAAUGCCAACAACCCCUGCUUUCGUAAUCCUACCCCUGGAGAGAGUCCCGGGGUAGUGGGGAAUUUUAAUGACUCUAUAAUUUCCCGUCUUUUCGACGAUGCCAAGAAGAUCCUGCUUUACUCUCAGAACGAUAAAAGCUAUGAGGGCUACAAAGGACUUCUUAGGGCCCUCAGGAAGCUUCAGAAGAACUCUGCACGUUUCAAGUUGAAGGACUUCUUGCGAGACAAUGAGACUCUCUCCCACUUUCUGCAUCACAAUGCGUCUCUCCCUCACCAUGCUCUCAAGCACAUUAUCGAGGCUGAUGUCAACUUAGAGAAGGUGCUGACUAAAGGUUUUGGAUUCCAUCUUAGAGACCUCUGCAACACCACACCUCUGGAAGAGUUUGUCCACAUCGCAGAUCGUAAUGUGUCGCUUUUGACUCAAGAAAUAAUCUGCAAGUCAUCCAGCGACUGGCUGGAUAAGGCUCAGAGUCACUUCCUCUCAAACCUGGACUUUCUCAAACCCCUUCGGAAGGAUGUGAGGUCAGACCCCAAAGUGGUUCAGGAGGUCUCAGCUGCAGCUGACAAUCUUCUGGAGAGCCUGGGAGCACUGGGAGUGGAGCUUGCCAGCAUGAAGAGUUGGAAGGAUAUGCGAAAGGAGAUCCUGUACUUAACUGCGAAUGCCACGGGGUCUCCAAAUCAGAUGUACCAGGCCGUGUCACGCAUCGUCUGUGGACACCCAGAGGGGGGCGGCCUGAAAAUUAAAUCGCUCAACUGGUAUGAAGACAACAACUACAAGGCCCUGUUUGGAAACCAUGGAAAUGACAGUGACAGUGAACACAUCUCCACUUACGACAACUCCUCAACACCCUAUUGUAACAACAUGAUGAGGAGCCUGGAGUCCAGCCCCAUUUCCAGGAUGAUCUGGCGAGCUCUGAAACCUCUCCUCAUGGGCAAGAUCCUGUACACCCCAGACACUCCAGCAACACAGAGGAUCAUCCACGAGGUCAACAAGACCUUCCAGGAGCUUGGCGUGCUGAGGGACCUUGGGGGAAUGUGGGAGGAGAUGAGGCCUAAAUUUUGGAAUUUCAUGGAGAACAGUGAGGAAAUGGACUUGGUCAGGACCCUGCUCCAGAAUAAUGCCAGCGCUGCUUUCCUGAACGCCCAGCUCAGUGAGACUGAGUGGCAAGUGUCAGAUGUGGCAAACUUCCUGUCAAAAGCCUCUGAGGACCAAAGACCUGCAGGGUCAGCAUACACCUGGAGAAACAUUUUCAACGAGACCGACCAGGCCAUACAGACCAUUUCUCGCUUCAUGGAGUGUGUAAACCUUGACAAGUUGGAGCCGGUAGCGAACGAGGAGCGUUUGGUCAACAAGUCUAUGGGUCUUCUGAAUCACCAGAAGUUCUGGGCUGGGAUCGUGUUUCCUGACAUAGUUCACAGCAAAAGCACUGACCUGCCACCCAAUGUCAACUACAAAAUCCGGAUGGACAUCGAUAACGUGGAGAGGACCAACAAGAUUAAAGACGGUUAUUGGGACCCUGGUCCCAGGGCAGACCCAUUUGAGGAUCUGCGGUACGUCUGGGGUGGAUUUUCUUACCUGCAGGAUGUCAUUGAACAAGGAAUUAUCCGCGCUGUCACUGGCACAAGAGAGAAGACAGGGAUCUACAUCCAGCAGAUGCCCUACCCCUGCUAUGUUGAUGACAUUUUCUUGCGAGUAAUGAGUCGAUCAAUGCCCCUCUUCAUGACUUUGGCAUGGAUGUACUCGGUCGCCAUCAUCAUUAAGGGCGUGGUGUACGAGAAAGAGGCCCGAUUAAAGGAGACCAUGAGGAUCAUGGGACUGAACAACGGCAUUCUGUGGGUCAGCUGGUUCAUCAGCAGUUUAAUCCCGCUGCUGAUCAGCGCCGGCCUGCUGGUGAUGCUAUUGAAGAUGGGCAACUUGCUGCCUUACAGUGACCCUGGAGUUGUUUUUCUUUUCCUGGGAUCUUUUGGCGUCGUGACCAUUAUGCAGUGCUUUCUCAUCAGCACCCUGUUUUCUCGUGCCAACCUGGCAGCAGCCUGCGGAGGCAUCAUAUACUUCACUCUUUACCUGCCCUACGUUCUCUGUGUUGCCUGGCAAGACUACGUCGGAUUUGGAGCGAAAAUUGUUGUGAGUCUGCUGUCUCCAGUGGCUUUUGGCUUUGGCUGUGAAUACUUUGCCCUGUUUGAGGAGCAAGGUGUGGGAAUCCAGUGGUCAAACUUACUUGCGAGCCCUCUGGAGGACGACAGCUACAACCUGACCACGUCUAUCUGUCUGAUGCUGUUCGACGCAGCUUUGUAUGGAGUUAUGACCUGGUACAUUGAAGCCGUUUUCCCCGGUCAGUAUGGCAUCCCAAGGCCUUGGUAUUUCCCUUUUACGAAGACAUAUUGGUGUGGAGAGAAAGAAAAUAAGAAUAUCUCCACCCCCCUUUCAAAGGGCAACGAUGCUGUUUUUAUUGAGGAGGAGCCAAGCCACAUUGAACCAGGGGUUUACAUUGAAAACCUGAUUAAGGUCUACAGUCAUGGAAACAAGCUGGCUGUGGAUGGACUGUCCCUGAGGUUUUAUGAAGGACAGAUCACCUCCUUCCUGGGCCACAAUGGAGCAGGCAAAACCACAACCAUGUCAAUCCUGACGGGACUCUUCCCACCCACGUCUGGCACGGCCUACAUCCUCGGCAAAGACAUUCGCUCUGAGCUCAGCACCAUCAGGCAGAAUCUGGGUGUCUGCCCCCAGCACAAUGUUCUUUUCAGCAUGUUGACCGUGGAGGAGCAUAUUUGGUUCUAUGGUCGCUUGAAAGGGCUUCCAGAGGAAAUGGUUAAAGCUGAAAUGGAACAAAUUGUGAAUGAUGUCGGACUGCCUCACAAGCGAGAUUCCCGUACGAACACCCUGUCAGGUGGGAUGCAGAGGAAGCUCUCAGUUGCCCUGGCUUUUGUUGGAGGCUCAAAGGUUGUCAUUCUUGAUGAACCUACAGCUGGUGUAGAUCCUUACGCUCGCAGGGGAAUCUGGGACCUGCUGCUCAAAUACAGACAAGGCCGCACCAUCAUUCUUUCCACUCAUCACAUGGAUGAAGCUGACAUUCUGGGUGACCGAAUUGCCAUCAUUUCCCAUGGCAAGCUGUGCUGUGUAGGCUCCUCGCUGUUCUUGAAGACUCACCUGGGCACGGGUUACUACCUGACCUUAGUCAAGAGAGACUAUGACUUGACCUUACAGUCCUGCCGUAAUUCUGCCAGCACAGUCUCCUACAGCAAGAAAACAGAAAAGGAGGACAGUGUAUCGGAGAGCAGUUCAGAUGCUGGUCUGGGCAGUGAACCAGAGAGUGAAACCACCACCAUUGAUGUCUCCCUCAUCUCCAACGUCAUUUUCAAGCAUGUUUCCGAAGCUCGCCUGGUGGAAGACCUCGGCCAUGAACUCACUUACGUCCUGCCGUACCAGUCUGCAAAAGACGGCGCUUUUGUGGAGCUGUUCCAUGAACUUGAUGACCGUCUCACUGACUUGGGAAUAUCGAGUUACGGAAUAUCUGAUACUACACUGGAGGAGGCAAGGAGUGCACUCAGCAUUUCACAGACAACACGGUCUGAAGCAGGAGUGUUUAUUUUUCUGAAAGUGGCGGAAGACAGUGGAGUGGAUGCUGUUGAACUUUCAGAUGGAGUCGUGCCAACCAGAACUCGUCGCCGUCAUGCGUUUGGAGAUCACCAGAGCUGCCUAAAGCCCUUCACAGAGGAUGACUUUGACUUCAAUGACUCUGAAGGUAAUCCAGAAUCUCGUGAAACCGACUGGCUCAGCGGAACAGACGGCAAAGGUUCAUACCAGGUCAAAGGUUGGAGUCUGAAGCGACAGCAGUUUGUUGCACUGCUAUGGAAACGAUUACUCUACGCACGCCGCUCCAGGAAAGGCUUCUUUGCUCAGAUUGUUCUUCCAGCAGUGUUUGUGUGCAUUGCCCUCACAUUCAGCCUGAUUGUUCCUCCAUUUGGAAAGUACCCCAGUCUUGCCCUGCAUCCCAGUAUGUACGGAGAACAGUUUAGCUUCAUCAGUAAUGACAUACCUGAAGACCCUCACACCAACAAACUACUUGGAGCUCUGAUAGAAAAACCAGGUUUUGGAACCCGUUGCAUGAAAGGAGAGCCUAUACCAGACACCCCCUGUACUGCAGUUGAAGAUGACUGGUUGCUGCCUGAAGUGUCCCAGUCUUUGACGGAUAUGUUUGACAAAGGAAACUGGACCAUGGAGAAUCCAUCACCCCUGUGUGAGUGCAGCUGUGGCGGGCGCAAGCGAAUGCUGCCCGAGUGUCCUGCUGGGGCCGGUGGACUUCCACCACCACAGAUGAGGAUCAGCGAUAAAGAUACUCUGCAGAACCUGACGGGAAGAAAUGUGUCCGACUAUCUGGUUAAAACUUAUGCUCAGAUCAUUGGCAAGAGUCUGAAGAACAAAAUUUGGGUCAAUGAGUUCAGAUAUGGUGGAUUCUCACUGGGUGCCAGAGGUUCCCAGGUUCUUUCCCACAAAGAUGAAAUUGACGUGGCAAUAGCUCAGCUGAGGAAACGCUUCCAUCUUGAGAGGGGAACGGCAUCAGAUCGUUUCUUUCGCAGUCUCUCCAGCUUUGUCCAAGGACUGGACUCCAAGAAUAACGUCAAGAUCUGGUUUAACAACAAAGGCUGGCACAGCAUUGGCUCUUUCCUUAAUGUGAUGAACAAUGCCAUCUUGCGUGCGAGUUUGCCAACUGGAAAAGACCCCGCAAAGUUUGGCAUAACUGCCUACAAUCAUCCUCUGAAUCUCACCAAGGAGCAGUUGUCGCAAGUCGCAUUGAUGACCACAUCGGUCGAUGUGCUGGUGUCGAUUUGCGUGAUUUUCGCCAUGUCCUUUGUCCCUGCCAGUUUCGUGGUCUUCCUCAUCCAAGAGAGAGUGAACAAGGCCAAACAUAUGCAUUUCAUCAGUGGAGUGCAGCCUUUCCUCUACUGGCUGGCCAACUUUGUUUGGGAUAUGUGUAACUACAUCGUUCCAGCAACCCUGGUCAUCAUAAUAUUUGUGUGUUUCCAACAAGAUGCCUACGUCUCCUCUACCAAUCUGCCAGUGCUGGCCCUGUUGUUGCUUCUCUACGGAUGGUCAAUCACCCCUCUGAUGUACCCAGCCUCCUUCUUCUUUAAGAUCCCCAGCACAGCCUAUGUGGUUCUCACUAGUGUCAACAUACUGAUAGGAAUUAAUGGAAGUGUGUCCACAUUUGUUUUGGAGUUGUUUGGAAGCAAUGAGGUCGGUGGCAUCAAUGACAUCUUAAAGAAUGUGUUCCUCAUCUUCCCUCACUUCUGCUUGGGUAGAGGACUGAUUGACAUGGUAAAGAAUCAGGCCAUGGCAGAUGCUUUGGAGAGAUUUGGUGAAAACAGGUUCCGGUCUCCUCUAGCCUGGGACAUGGUGGGAAAAAACCUGUUUGCCAUGGCCAUAGAGGGAGUUAUCUUCUUCUCUAUUACUGUCCUCAUUCAGUACCGGUUCUGCUUCAAGGCCAGAUCAUCCAUCAGCCAUCUGAAACCAAUCGGAGAGGAAGAUGAAGAUGUGGCGAGAGAGCGACAGAGGAUCCUAAGUGGUGGAGGACAGUCGGACAUCUUGGAACUGAAACAGCUCACCAAGAUUUACAAGCGGAAACAGAAGCCAGCAGUGGAUCGGCUGUGUGUCGGCAUUCCCCCCGGAGAGUGUUUUGGUUUGCUUGGAGUGAAUGGAGCAGGCAAGACCAGCACUUUCAAAAUGCUGACAGGUGACUCCAUAGUCACCAGUGGAGAGGCCUACCUGGCAGGCAAGAGUGUAACAGCAGAGAUUGACGAGGUCCAUCAAAACAUGGGCUACUGUCCUCAGUUUGAUGCUAUCAAUGACCUGUUGACUGGCAGAGAACACCUCGAAUUCUAUGCUAUCCUGAGAGGGGUGCCUGAGAAGGAAGUUUGUGAGGUGGCGGAGUGGGGAAUCCGCAAGCUGGGUUUGGUCAAAUAUGUGGACAAAGCAGCUGGCAGCUACAGCGGAGGAAACAUGAGGAAACUGUCAACUGCUAUCGCCCUCAUUGGAGGACCACCUGUUGUUUUUCUGGAUGAACCAACGACAGGCAUGGACCCGAAGGCACGUCGUGCACUUUGGAAUGCCAUCUUGAGUAUCAUCAAAGAGGGACGAUCUGUAGUCCUGACCUCCCACAGUAUGGAGGAGUGUGAGGCACUGUGCACCAGGAUGGCCAUCAUGGUUAACGGCAGGUUCCGCUGUCUGGGCAGUGUGCAACAUCUCAAAAACAGGUUUGGUGAUGGAUACACCAUCAUCCUUCGAGUGGCGGGGCCAGAUCCAGACCUUCGGCCAGUGAUGGAGUUCAUUGAACACGAGCUACCAGGGAGCACUCUGAAGGAAAAGCAUCGAAACAUGCUUCAGUACCAGCUUCCUUCAUCUCUCACCUCCCUUGCCCGAAUCUUUUCUCUGCUCUCAACGAACAAAGAGGCACUCAGUAUAGAGGACUAUUCUGUCUCUCAGACCACUUUAGACCAAGUGUUUGUAAAUUUUGCCAAGGACCAAAGUGAUGAGGACCAUCUGAAAGAUAUCCAUCUGAGCAAGCGGGACGCAGUUGUAGUGGACUUUUCCCAGCUAAAUAAUUUCCUCACGGACAACAAGACCAGGGAGAGCUGCGUCUGAUUCCACAUCCAUCAGUGGGAGUUGUUAUGCUUCAUCCACACUCCCCACAGAUAAGAGAUAUGGACCACGGAUCUGUGGAGGAGAAAAACUAUGUUCAUUUUUUUAUUUCUACUUUUUAGUCUUGUUUUAAUUGUUAUCAUUUCAGUGGGCCUGCACCUCAGCGCACAGCCUUUUUCUAAGGCAAGGACUGCAGGUAUCAUGACUGACACUGAAACAAGAAAAACUCAAUGCAAAUCAAUGCAAGCAACACAUAUAUAUAAGUGUAUUUAAGAUUAAAAAAAAGAUAUUCCCGUGAGGGUUGAAGACAGGUGCUUCUCCUUCACUUGGUGGACUGGAAGAAAGAAGACACUUCAAGCAAGGACAGGAUUUUAAUUCUGUGUUCGACUGGAAAGUCUGGUUGUUUCUCAUUGUUACUCAAUGUUAAAGAUGUGUACUGGGACUGAUGGAGAAAUUGUGAAAGGUUCCUCCCAAUUUCUCGACGUAGUAAAGGUAGUCUGUGGGACAGCAAACAUGCCACUCUGCCGAGUUCAUGAGAAUGGAAAACAAAAUCAUGUGGAUCAUUCACUGCCAGCUGUUGAGAGACUUUUUUAUUCAGGUCAAGUUUUCCUCGUUACCAAGCGCAGGUGUUUCAUAAUGAAAAUAAUGAUAAACAAACAAAAACAAAAAAA